AGGUCCGUGUCUUCUGUGUCUUACCUAGAAGCCCAACUAUCCUGAUCCUGGGUGGUGAAUUGAAUUGAGGCGCCAACUAGCUCAGUUUAUGCAGACGGUUCAUGCAUUUGACGGAAAGAGGACGAUUUCGAUAGGUAGUACAAUCCGAUAAGCCACUCAGCCAUGCCAUUCCUCAAGCUAGAAGACCGAGACCGGCAGCUUUACUAUACCUUGACUUCGCCAACAGCGACAACAUCUUCCAAGAUAACAACUAUUGUUCUUAUCCAUGGCCUGGGAUCUUCCAGUUCUUAUUAUGCACCUGUCAUCCCCAAGCUCGUAGAUGCAGGAUAUUCUUGUUUGGCUCUUGAUUCUCAUGGCUCUGCCUUGACCAAAUUGACUGGCCAGGGCGGCGACCUGGAAACAAUAAUUCAGGAUAUAGGCGCCGCCGUAUCAGCACUCAAAAUAUCUCCUAGCCAUACGAUUAUAGUAGGACACUCCAUGGGCGGUAUUGUCGCUCCUGAAGCGACACUUCGAUACCAAUUCGCCGGCACUGUUCUCUUAGGCCCCGUGUAUCCUAAUGAGGGUCUUGGAAAGGCUAUGGAAGACAGGAUUCAAAAGGUCCAACAGAACGGCAUGGACGGCCUAGCGGAUAUCAUACCCAAGGCUGCAACAGCAUCUACCGCCACCGCACUUCAACGAGCAUUCAUUCGCACUCUUCUCCUUGCUCAAAGUCCUGAAGGCUACAUUGCAAAUUGUAGGGCAAUUAUAAAUGCUUCGGUGCCAGCUUAUGACAAGAUCAAGUCUCCACUCUUGCUGGUCGCUGGUGCUGAGGAUAUGGUUUGUCCGAUAGAGCUCUCGCAGAAAAUCCACGAUAGCUGGGGAUCGACGGAUAAACAUUUGCAAGUUCUGGAUAAAACCGGCCACUGGUACUGCAUUGAGUCGCCUAAUCAAGUUGGGGACGCUAUUGUUCAAUUUUCAAACGGCAUCAAAUCCGUGUAAAUCAUGCAUAAUACUAAACCUUGGCAGCAAGCACGUCAAAGAGAUUAUGAAUAUUAAAUCAAUUCCUGCGUUAACUUGGCGAAACCUUCCUCUCGAUAGGCCAAGGACAUUUAGAGCUUUGACCGACGAUUGUGUAAUGCUCUCAACUCUCUUCUCAGGAUCUUGCCUGUUGG